UAAUUCAUGAAUGCUUUGCUCGGUCAUUGUCUAUUUUUCCAAAAACCAUGUUUCUUCUUUUUAUAUUCAGCCCGUUAAUAUGAUUAUUACUUCACUGUGACGGUCUAAUCAUCACUUCUCACUGACGUGAGAGCGUGGAGGACCUCCUCUCGCUCCAUAUAUAGAGCUUCCAUUUGCCCUUCGCCAACACACACAAAUAAUCAGAGAUCCAAAAAGAUGAAGAUAUCCAAUAUUAUCCUCAUCUUCCUUUUUGUGCUUCCCUUCGCAUUUGCCGACCUCAGGGUUGGAUUCUAUUGCACAAGCUGCCCAUCCGCUGAGACUAUUGUCCGUCGAGCUGUUCGGAGGCACUUCAUUCGCGAGCGAUCCAUCACCGCCGAUUUGCUUCAAAUGCACUUUCAUGAUUGCUUUGUUAGGGGAUGUGACGGCUCCAUACUAAUUGAUCCAAGAGGGCGAAAGGGAUCGGAGAAGCAGGCGAGAAUUAACAGAAACCUCGAAGGCUUUGACUUGAUCGACGAGAUAAAGGCCGCCGUAGAAAAAGCUUGUCCUUCCACGGUUUCCUGCGCAGAUAUCAUAGCACUAGCCACGAGGGACGCGGUGGCUCUGGCGGGAGGACCCAGAUACAACGUUCCAACGGGGCGCCGUGACGGGCUGGUGUCAUGUCCUAGUGAAGUGCAUAUUCCCGGACCGUCGCUGUCGGUGUCCCAGGCAUUCGAAUCCUUCUUCAGAGUAAGAGGGUUUUCGUUGAACGAAAUGGUGACUCUUCUGGGAGCUCACACGGUGGGCUUCACACACUGCAGUUUCGUCCGAGGCAGGCUGUCCAGUUUCGGAAACCGUGAUCCUCCCAUGGACCCUGCUCUGGAUGCUAAGCUGGGAAGAAUUUGUGGGUCGGCACAGAGGCCGGCAAGGAACGAUCCUCAGAUAGUGCUGGACCAAAAUACAUCGUUGGUAUUUGAUAACGAGUACUACAGGCAGGUUAGGAUGAGCAGGGGGGUGCUUCAUAUUGACCAGCAGUUGGGUGUGGAUGCGUCGUCCAGAGGCAUCGUGGCUGGUUUUGCUGCCAACGAGAACAGCUUUAAGCGAAGAUUCGCGGAGGCUAUGAUAAAGAUGGGAAGCCUUGAUGUUUUGGUUGGAAACGCUGGGGAGAUCAGGAAGAAUUGCAGGGCUUUUAAUAGCCCUCGCUAGACUAGCGUGCGUGUUUGGCCAAUCAUAUACAUUCUAGCUAAAUUAUUGAACGAGAGGCCGUUGUCCGAGUCUACAGUAGUAAUAGACUCAAAUUAAUUAUUUGUCUCCUACAAUAAUAAUAAUAAUUAAUAAAA